GUCCCAUCUGAAAACUAUCACUGACAUCUCCCUUAACCAAGUGCAUUUUGCCUAGGUAGUCAGCAGGUCUGAGGACAACUCAAUCAGCCCAUGUUAAAUUCACUUCAACAAGCCAAAGACUUACACAGUGAUACUUCUAUUGGACUUUUGAUCUGUAUUCAACACCAACAUCCCAGAACUACUACAAUACAAACUCAUCUAAGGAUGACCUGCAACACAAUGUAUGUCUUGUUGAAAGAUCGUCUGCCACCUGCCAUCCACUGAGGUUCUACAUGACUCCGGGGACCAGAAAAAUGUACAGGCCAGAUCAUUGCUGACACCUUCCACCUUGGUCGCCCGCUGUUCCAGAAAUUCCCCUCUUGCUGCAGAGGGCAGCCUGGAAGUGCAGGUCAAUCAUGACAACCCAAUUCACGAGUUUCCCUGUGGACCAUCUGUCCGGCACACUUUAACCGGAAUAUGUUUGCCAUGUCAAGCCAUCUGUUAAUUAAACAGCUACACUAUACUACUCCAAAACAUAAACCCAAAUACUGUAUGUACAUGUGUAAGUCCCCAGGGAAAUGAAUGUGAAGGAUAUGUUGUUAAUGCUUGUGUCCCAUCUAAUGCUCACAUAAUCCUUAUUUCCUAUUCAUCUGGUUAAGUGCCUUAUUUUUGUACCACAGAAAAUGCCUUACACACCUACAGAAAUACAUGCCUCAACUUUGCCCUCUCCAGUUCGUUGUGUUGGUUUCACCGCGUGCAUGCUCUAGUCCGCUCCUGUCAUGUGCCGAACCUGCUUAAAACCAUUUGCGCUGUUUCCGGGGGAACUUCUUUUUUUUUUUUACUCCAUAUUGUAUCCGUUUAUUAAUAAAAUAUAUAUAUAUUUAUUUUUACUUUUCUCCGGGGGAACUUGCGAGGUGCCGUACCUUGCAAACUACGUAAACCAGAGACAGUUUAGGAACCGAGACAGCACACACGAAAACAGCACAACGAUAAAGCUUUUUUUCAUCCUUGUGCUACGUGUUCGGCGCUGUGUAGCAGAUCGUUCUACGUUGUAGUUUGCAGCUCGAGGUCUGGUGCCCCUUCGGAUUUGUUUUUUUUUCAUGGAGGCGUGUGUUCGAGUGGACUGUCUCAGUGUAAACACUGAUUAAGACCGAAAGAUUUGAAUAACUUUGCAUAAGGUCUUUGUUCUAUCUGAGACUAGACCGUCGUAUUUUUAUUCAUUCUGUUUUAUUUGUAUUUGUGCAUAAGGAAUUUUAACGUUGGUGUUUUGUGAACAGCAACUAUGGCUCUCCGAGCCUGUCAGAGUGCGAAACACGUUUUAUUAGCUAGAAUUCGGAGCAGACACGCGGCUAGCGCACUAGACAGGAUAGUUGGAAAUAUUUCUUCUGAGAACAACAGCCGUUGCAGCUCUUCAGCUGGGGGGGAAUCAAAUGAAGUCGCCGGCCGGACUGUGGUCAUGAAGAGGAGGGGCCCAGUGGUCACCGUGGCGAUCAACCGGCCCGAGGUGCGCAAUGCGGUAAACCAUGAGACGGCCGGGCGUCUGCUGGACGAGCUGACGGCCUUCGACUGUGACCCCACUGCCACUGUAGCCGUGCUCCAUGGCAACGGAGGGAAUUUCUGUGCUGGUUACGAUCUGAAAGAGCUGGCCCAUCACACUGCCUCCCUCAAAUUGGAGCAAGAUGUCACCAGAGGUCCUGCUCCUAUGGGUCCUUCCCGACUCACCCUGUCCAAGCCGUUGAUCGCAGCGGUCAGUGGCUACGCAGUGGCAGGUGGGCUGGAGCUGGCUCUUCUGGCUGACCUGAGAGUGGUGGAGGAGAGCGCUGUCAUGGGAGUUUUCUGUCGCAGAUUUGGGGUCCCCCUGAUUGAUGGGGGCACAGUGCGGCUCCCCCGCCUCAUUGGUCUGUCACGUGCCCUGGACCUGAUUCUGACCGGACGGCCCAUCGGGGCACACGAAGCCCUGGCCUUCGGUUUGGCUAACAGAGUGGUACCGGAUGGCCAAGGUCUGCAGGCAUCCCUGGAGCUUGCUGAGAAGAUCAGCUCAUUCCCACAACAAUGUCUGCGUGCCGACCGCUCCUCAGCUCUCCACAGCACCUUUGAAGCCCGAUCCUUCAUCCAGGCCAUGCAGUACGAGAUGGACCACGGAGCUCCAAUAAUACAGGCUGAGUCUGUUGCCGGUGCAGCCCGGUUCAGUUCUGGAACAGGAAGAGGCGGGACAUUCUCGUAAAAGUGCUAGGUAGUAGUUUUGUAAAGUUUUUGUGCUUUUUGUUUGUUGUUUAUUUGAAGUGGGUGAGUUGUAGUUGUAUGAUGGGAGUGGUAGUAGUAUGAUGGGAGUUGAUUUAGUAUGGUUGGAGUGGUAGUAGUGUGGUUGGAGUGGUACUAGUAUGAUGGGAGUUGUAGUAGAAUGGCUGGAGUGGUAGUAGUAUGGCUGGAGUGGUAGUAGUGUUGUUGGGGUGGUAGUAGUAUGAUGGGAGUUGUAGUAGUAUGGAUGGAGUGGUAGUAGUGUGGUUGGAGUGGUAGUAGUGUUGUUGGGGUGGUAGUAGUGUGGUUGGAGUGGUAGUAGUGUUGUUGGGGUGGUAGUAGUAUGAUGGGAGUUGUAGUAGUAUGGAUGGAGUGGUAGUAGUGUGGUUGGAGUGGUAGUAGUAUGGUUGUAGUGGUAGUAGAAUGGUUGGAGUGGUAGUAGAAUGGCUGGAGUUGUAGUGGUAGUAGUAUGGUUGGAGUGGUAGUAGUAUGGUUGGAGUUGUAGUGGUAGUAGUAUGGUUGUAGUGGUAGUAGUAUGUUUGGAGUUGUAGUCGUGUGGCUGGAGUGGUAGUAGUAUGGUUGGAGUUGUAGUAGUAUGUUUGGAGUUGUAGUAGUGUGGCUGGAGUGGUAGUUGUAUGUCUGGAGUGGUAGUAGUGUGGUUGGAGUGGUAGUAGAAUGGCUGGAGUGGUAGUAGAAUGGCUGGAGUGGUGGUAGUAGUAUGGGUGGAGUGGUAGUAGUGUGGUUUGAGUUGUAGUGGUUGUAGUAUGGUUGGAGUGGUAGUAGUAUGGAUGGAGUGGUAGUAGAAUUGUUGGAGUGGUAGUAGAAUGGCUGGAGUGGUAGUAGUGUGGUUGGAGUUGUAGUGUGGCUGGAGUGGUAGUAGUAUGGUUGGAGUUGUAGUAGUGUGGCUGGAGUGGUAGUAUUGUGGCUGGAGUGGUGGUAGUGUGGUUGGAGUGGUAGUAGAAUGGGUGGAGUGGUAGUAGAAUGGGUGGAGUGGUAGUAGAUUUUGUUGAUGCCUGUGUACCUCUCGCUCUGUGUGUGUGUGUGUGUGUGUGUGUGUGUGUGUGUGUGUGUGUGUGUGUGUGUGUGUGUGUGUGUGUGUGUGUGUGUGCCCACAUGUUUACUGCUACAUAAUGAAAGUUGAAGAUUCAGCAGUCCAAAUGAACUUGGUGUUAUGAGUUAACAUUCCUCUGGAUGAGGUCUCCCCUCAAUUAUCUAUGUGUGUGUUCGUGUGUUUGUUUGUGUGUAUAUGUAUACGUGUGUGUUUGUUUGAGAGAGAGGAUUUAUCUUAGAUAUUGUAUACAGCUCCGGAAAAAAUUUAAAGACCAUUGAAAGUUUAUCCUUUUCAACUUUUAGGGAAAAUAAAGAAAAAGGUGCAUUGGUCUCUUAAUUUUUUCCAGAGUUGGAUGUGUGUGUUUGCGUGCAUGUGUGUGUACGGAAUUUAUUAUGCUAUUGGGGACAGAAAAGCUUUGCAAGGAUAGUAAAACAAGGAAAAAUACUUUUUGGCUUAAGGGUUCGGUUUAGGGUAAAAGUUCACAUUUUUGUUAGGAUUAGCAUUAGGGUUGUGGUUUCGGGUUAAGGUUAGGUUUUCAAGUUAUGGAAACUACCACUUUUAAUGGAAACAACUGUGUCCCCGUCAGGAUAGAACAGAUGAAAUGUUUAUGAUUGUGUGUAUAAUUAAUCAAUAAAGUGUAAAAGGGUGUGGUAUAUGGCCAAUAUACCGCAGCUAAGAGCUGUUCUUAGGCACGAUGCACCGCGGAGUGCCUAGACACAGCACUAUGUCGUGGUGUAUUGACAAUAAACCACAAACCCCCAAGAAUUGCCAUUAUGAAACAGUCAACAACACAAUGAAUACCAUAAAAAGUAAAUCAUUGUAAUUGAAAAUAAAAAGAUAUGCCUUUGUGUGUGUACAUGUGUGCGUGUGUGUGUGUGUGUGUGUGUGUGUGUGUGUGCGCGUGCAUGUUAAUUAGGGUGACAUGCUCUGUCUAGACACUGUGAUGACAGGACAUGCAGCCCCCCUGUUUAGUGGGCCCUCCCUCUGCUUCCCCCUGCCCCCUCAGCCAUGACCAAUACACUCUGCUAUCACCUGCCACACACACAAAGAUAAAUAUUUCUAUUCUCAAUUAAAAUGAUGUAUUUGAUGUACGAGUGGGUGAAAUGUGGCAUGAUCAUGUCUGAAUAAAGUUAAUAUUAAAAGCG